UAUUUCCACAGUCCAAGUGCAGGUAGAAGCGCGAGAGAUUUCUGAAGGAAAGAAAAACAAAAGUUUUUUGCGGUAGUUCGUGGAAUUAAGGUAAAUAGAUGCAGAACGAAACCGACGCGGGGGAUGCAGUGCCUGAGCAUGGUUUAGACGAGGUUUUCGCGAUAGGGGGAGUGCGUCACUCUCAGUGGUUUCCCGCGACCGUUGCGCAUGAAGAUAACUCGAAUUCUGUUUCUGAAGGCUACCUCGGUCAAGUCUGUUUUGCGUUAGAUGGAUCGGCCCUUGCUUGGACCAUAUCCUCUUCUCAGGUGCUCGUUGUGCCGUGGAAUGCAGACCAGGGUAAAGUGAUCGCACCGGACGCUCCGUCUGCCGUGCAAUGGCCCGUCGUUAUCAACACUGGGUUGGACACCGCAUUGGUGGGUUCGGGCGCACCGACCUCCAUGACACUCAUCCGCCUCAGCUCGUUCCCAACGAUCCGAUCCUGUGCUUCACCAGAUGACGGCGUCCAGGGGCUUCUGUGGGCGUCCUUAUUGGGACGAUUGCUCGCCGCCGACCUGCUUCUCGUCACGGGACAUGUCAAUGGUGUUAUCCGCAUAUGGGACGCAUUCACUGGUCGUUUAUUGCUGAAGCUGAUCGACCAUAAAAGUAAGAUCACGUCCUUGGAUUUUUCACCGAAUGGAUCUCUUCGAUUGGCAUCUGGCCAUGUUGACUAUACCAUCAAGUUGUGGGAUCUUAUGGACGAUGGGAAUAUGUACAGAACUUUGCGUGGGCAUUGCGGUGCCGUAUCCUGCGUAACCUGGUCGCCGAACGGGCGCCGUCUCGCGUCCGUCGGCGCCGGUCGCCAGAUCAUCAUUUGGAACAUGGAGCAACAACAUCGGAGUGGUUCCUCGUCAGAAGCCGCUUGUCUUCGUAUUCCUGGCGGACAUCAUAACAACAUUGUCCGGUGUCAAUUUACGCCCGAUGGUGCCCUGCUUGCCACUGCUUCCCACGACACUUCCGUCAUUUUGUGGGAUUCCCGGUCUGGUGAAAAGAUGGGGUGUCUGUACCACAUCCUUCCUUUCCCGCACAUGAUCUACGCUUCAGGACUGAAUUCCUGCUGGAUCCGGGACUUGGCCUUAUUUUCUGACGGCUGUCACGCCGCCACUGUGUCCGACGACAAGAAGUUGAGGAUAUGGGACUUGUCACAAGGGAACGCUCCAGUGGCGGAGAGGCUGCUCCCGGCCCCGGCCAAAUGCUGCGCAGUUUCCCCGAAGGGAAAUACCAUCGUUGUGGGGUUCGGGAAUGGAGAGGUCAAGUUCUACCGUCCUUGUUGCCUGUCGGUGCCGUCGCUGCGCCAUCUGUCUCGGCUCGCCGUGCGGAAGUUCAUAGUGACGCCGUCCCAGGUUGGCGAGCUGCUCGUGCCGUCGACACUCAAGCCCUAUCUGCUGUAUCGAGACUGGCUGUAA